AUGUCAAUACAAGAAAAUAAAAUAAAUCAAGAUUAUAUUUCUGAUUCUGAACUCGAAACUCUUACUAUCGAAGUCAACAAGAAAGAGGAAAAAAUCAUCAAUACGUUUAAACAAUUACAUCGUAUCUUUGAUAUGACUGUAAUUUUUUCCAUUGGCAGUAAAACACUUUUAUUAUGUUUAUGUAAUAGUAAGUUGGAAUCCUUCCAUUGGAAAUUUCUAAAAUAUAUGCUUUUCAGCUUCUGUUAUCUAAAUAAUAGUAUUAUUAUGACAUUUACAUAUUUCAUUUGCCAUGCAAAGGAUAGAGUUUCCACAAGAUUUAAUCAUUACGAAGAUGAUUCAGAAAUCGCACCUUUAUUAAAAGAUGAGAAAAUUAAAAGAAAGAAGUUUUGGUAUACUUUUUAUUUGGUUUGUGGAUUAACAUUUAUUUCAUAUUCUUGUUUAUUCACAAAUCUAAUAUUACUAGUUUCCAAUUCAAUUCCAAUUGAUUCUGAUGCCUAUAGAAAAGUGCCAAUUAUUGUUUUGUCUGUAAUUUUAGGUGUAUAUCAAUUAAUCUUCUCCCUAGUUUACAGAAGGUUUACCAAGACAAUCUUAUAG